AUGACGGCAGAGGCACUUAAAGGAUGCAUUAGCAGCAUUCGUCACCAAACCAGUCUAAUGAAACAGUGCCUAAAUGAUGGAAAUCUUCUCCAGGCGCUAAAGCAUUGUCUGAACUUUUUAAAUGAACUCCGAACAAAUCAGCUAACUCCUAAAGAGUACUAUGAGAUUUAUAUGCUUGUAUUCGAUGCCUUGGAAAUUCUUUCCGAGUACUUGUUGGUGUCACAUAAUAACAAAUCGAAAAGACUGGAAGGUUCUUCGUCGUUUUUGGCCGAUCUUUACGAACUUGUCCAAUACUCCGGAAACAUAGUUCCUCGUCUUUAUAUGAUGAUAGCCAUUGGCACCACUUAUAUGGGUACAACCGACGCACCAACGAAGGAGCUCAUGAAAGAUAUGAUUGAGAUGUGUAGAGGAGUCCAGCACCCUAUCCGGGGCUUGUUUUUGAGGUAUUACUUGUCGCAAAGAAUCAAGAAUUUGCUUCCAAUGUCAUCAGAAAAGGACUUUAAUGAAACCGUGAGUUUCUUGGUGCUGAAUUUCAUCGAGAUGAACAAGUUAUGGGUCCGUCUCCAGCACCAGGGUCACUCGUCAGAAAGAGAAUUGCGUCACCGUGAACGCAAAGAGCUCCGAAUUUUGGUGGGCCUGAAUUUGGUCCGAUUGUCACAGGUUUUAGAUGAGUAUACCGAUAGCCAUACUGGGUCUGUGUCCGGUGUGGAGUUGUACAGAGACAAUAUUUUCCCAGUUAUAACCGAUCAGAUCAUUCAGUGUCGUGAUCUCCUCGCUCAAAGUUAUCUUGUGGAUGUUCUCAUCCAAAUUUUCCCUGACGAAAUGCAUUUGGCUACUUUACACCCUCUUCUCAAUGAAGUGUUUGUCAGGUUGCAUCCUCAUUUACGCAAGUCAGAGUUGGUGACGUCGUUGAUAGAUCGCCUCAUCAAUGGCUCAUCUGAAGAAAUGAAACUGGCAAACCUCUUUGAAACGUUUUGGGAUUUUUACCUUCAGCUUGUGAAGCUGGACAGUGAUAUUCCGUCCGAGGAACAUUCACAACUUUUGCAAGUGUUCAUCAAACUUUCUCUCACUUUUGAUCCCGAGAACUACGACAAUUUGAAUCAAAUCUUCCAGCAUGCUUCCCAGAAACUAAUAAGAAAGGAUGCUGCCGACGAAGAGUCUCUUUGGGUUGACCUAAUGACUGUUCCAGUCCGUUUCUUUCCACUGGUCAUCGAGCUCUUGCUGCUCCCAUUUUUCCAUAAACUUUUUGAAAACAUAACUUCUCCACAGCUCAAACGACAGCUUGGAGUGGAAAUAUUGGAUAAGCUUUUGGCCUCAAAGGGCACUACUUAUCAGAGCAGUGAUGAAAUCGAUGCUAUUUUCAAAUACCUUCAGGUUUUGGUUGUUGAAACAGGAUCCGAGGUGAACACCGCGAAAGACUUGGGAGUUACUCUUUCCAUCAAAGUGGGAGAUGAUUCCAUGGUUUCUCAAGCAUUUUUGGACGUUCAAGAAAAAUUGUGCAAGAUCAUACAUUUUGUGGAUGGCAGUGAUCACUUGAAAGCGGUGUCCAACCUCUUGUAUUUGCGGAAGAAGUACUUGAACAAGAACCUCAAAAACAUCGUCUAUACCUAUCCCACUUUGGUGCAACGAAUUUUGAUGAAACUUCGGUUAGGGUUGGCGAAAAAGAAUGAUGACGAUGAAAACAAGGAACUAGUUUUGACUAGCAACUUCAAGAAUGUUGCGAUGGUCAUAGACGAAUUGUAUCAGCAUCAUGCUGAGUAUAAUGCCGAGAUUGCAUUGAAGCUCAAUGUCAAUGCAGCUUCUGUGGCGGACCAAAUGAAUCAAGAGAAGAUUGCAUAUGAGUUUUUCACCCAAGCAUUCACAGUCUACGAGGAGAGCUUAUCGACUGGCCGUGGAACUGGAUUAAAUGCUCAUGAUUCCAUGGGCGGUUCCGUUUCGUAUCAGCUGGUAGUAAUGAUAGCUAACAAACUAGCAUCGCUGCGUCACUUUAGCAGGGAAAACUACGAGUCUUUGAUUACAAAAAACACCAUGUAUGGCUCGAGACUCUUGAAGAAGCAGGAUCAAUGUCGCCUGGUUUAUUUGUGUGGGCAUCUUUGGUGGUGGUGUGAGUUACUAACACUGGUGAGCGAAACCAUGAAUGAAGACAACGAAAGAAUAGAGCAUGACGAAAGCAAAGAGGAAGCAGAAAACGAAGAAAAAGGCGAAGACGACACUAAAGAAAACGAUACAAAAUUAGAGAAACCAAAGCUUUAUCGAGACCCCAAACGAGUUCUCGAAUGUCUUCAAAAAGCGCUCAGAAUUGCCGAUUCGUGUAUGGACCCCCUAUCUUUCCGUGCGUCUAUUCGUGGAGGUGUUGAAUCGAUGUCUAGAGUUCCAUAUCUACGGAAACGAGUUGGUUGA